AUGCGCAGUCUCAAUGAACCUACUGUGUACAAGAGAGACAAAGGAGGCUCAAACAUUCUUAUGUUAUGCGUAUGCGUAGAUGAUAUUAUCUACAUGAGCUCUUCAAGUGAGAUGAUGACUGAAUUCAGAGAGAAUAUGAUGAGCACCUUUGAAAUAAGUGACCUGGGUCCAUUAAGGUAUUUAUUGGGCUUGGAAGACAAACAAAAACCUGGUUCAUUGUUUGUAUCUCAACUGAGGUACGCUGAAGACUUAUUAAAGAAGACCGGAAUGCUGCACUCCAAACCAAUUGCCUCUCCUAUGAAUUCGAAUAAAAAACUCAGUCUAAAAGACAUUUCAGGCAAUGCUGACCCUACUCGCUAUAGGAAAAUUAUAGGUGGGUUGCUCUAUCUCACACACACGAGGCCCGAUUUAGCAUUUGCGGUGGGAGUUGUCUCCCGGUUUAUGCAAGCUCCAACAACACAUCAUUUGGGAGCUGUGAAGAGAAUCCUGCACUAUGUAGCAGGAACAGUCAGCUAUGGUCUUCACUUCUCUCACAACAACAACUUCAAGCUUAUUGGGUACACGGACAGUGACUGGGGUGGCUCCCCGGACGAUAGGAAAAGCACAUCUGGAUGGGUAAUCUCACUCGGUUCUGCCGCCAUUGCAUGGAGUUCAAAGAAGCAACUAAUCACGGCUUUAUCUAGCACCGAAGCAGAGUAUAUCUCUGUCACUUCGGCUGCAUGUGAAGCAGUGCGGCUUAGGAGGCUUCUUGAGGAACUGAAUGAAAAACAAGAAG